CAAGGAUUUGAAGGAGAGCAUGCCCCCAGUCUCUCCCUCCAUUCUCCUCACACACCAUCCCUUCCUACCUUCUCAAAGUCAGCAAUCCUCCACAUCAAAACCCAUCUAGAGAGGGGAACAAAGAUCACAGCUUCCUUUUUCUGAAGAGAAUCUGGCAGUGACUCUCUCCAGUUCCUUUUGAUCUUGUUAGAUAGCAAAAUUAACUUCCUAGUAGAUUAGUAAGUGAAGUAAAGGAUCUGUAUCUUUGUUUUCCAUAAAAAUAUCUACUCUGCUCUCUGGUUCUCUGCAUCUUGUUCUUCUCCAGGAGGAGGGAACAGUAUGGAAACCAGAAACACCUACUGUUUCCAUUCCCUUUCAUUGCCUGGAGAUCUGAAGACGACCGUUUAUUCAGCUCUAUGAGGGCAUUCUGAAACCAUGAAAGAUGGGACUUCGAAGAAAAGCAAGCUCUCAUGGUCCAAGUCCCUUGUAAGAUGGUUCAACAUCAAGAGCAAAGCUGAGGACUUCCAUUCAGAUUAUGUCAGUAGAGGAGGCGAUGAGGAAUGGCGGGUCAGCAUCACAGGGACAGAAGCUUACUCUGUCAAGCAAAGCAAAACAGAGAGAUUGUCCAGGAAGAAGUCCGAUCAAGUUCGACGAGGAAAGAUCGAUCUUGUUGCCGCUGAAGUCACCGAAACCCAGCACUACAGGAUCUUCGUUGCAACAUGGAAUGUAGGUGGGAACUCCCCAAAAGGAAGUCUGAAUCUUGAUGAUUGGCUCCAUGCCUCACCUGCUGCAGACAUAUACGUCCUGGGAUUUCAGGAAGUUGUUCCUCUCAAUGCGGGAAAUGUUUUGGGGGCAGAAGACAAUGCUCCUGCAAGGAAAUGGGUCGCUCUCAUUAGGAAGACCCUCGACGGUCUUCCCGGCAAUGGCAGCAGCAGCAGCUACCAGACACCCUCCCCUGUCCCCAACCCAAUCAUGGAGUUGGACGACGACUUCGAAGGCGCGACGACGUCGAGACACCAGCAUUUGCUCCACCGCCGCUCGUUCCAGUCCUUGAGCCGUAGUUUGAGGAUCGACGGGGACGUCUUGGCCCCGCAGCCCCGGUUAGAUCGCCGGCAUAGCAUCUGCGAGCGUGUCAUUUUCGCAAACAGGCCAAGUGAUUACGACCCCAGCUAUCGAUGGGGUGGCUCCGACGACGACGACGACAACAUCAGUGGAGAUUACUCCCCUAGCAUGGCAGCACACUACUCGCCCAUGUCGUAUGGCCACGCAGCUUCCUCAUCCAUGGAGGGGCGAGAUAGACCAGGACAUCCAAGGUAUUGUUUGGUGGCAAGCAAGCAGAUGGUGGGGAUAUUUCUCACUGUAUGGGUGAGAGGAGAUAUAAGAGAGAGCAUAAGGAACCUAAAGGUCUCCUGUGUUGGUAGAGGUUUGAUGGGUUAUCUUGGGAACAAGGGUUCGAUUUCGAUUAGCAUGUGUUUGCACCAAACAAGCUUCUGCUUCAUCUGCAGCCAUUUGACUUCUGGGCAGAAGGAUGGAGAUGAGCUGCGGAGGAACUCUGAUGUGAUGGAGAUCCUGAGAAAAACAAGGUUCCCUCCGGUUCAUGGUGACAGGUCACCUGAGACCAUCCUUCAGCAUGAUAGUCGAAUAAUUUGGCUUGGAGAUCUAAAUUACCGCGUUGCUCUUUCGUAUCGCGCGGCCAAGGUACUUGUCGAAAUGCGUAACUGGAAAGCACUGCUGGAAAAAGACCAGCUUCGGAUAGAAAGGAGGUGUGGCCGCGUCUUCCGGGGUUGGAACGAAGGAAGAAUAUACUUCCCUCCCACAUACAAGUAUUCAAACAACUCGGACCGCUACGCUGGAGAUGACAUGAACCUCAAAGAGAAGCGUCGAACGCCUGCAUGGUGCGAUCGCAUCUUAUGGUAUGGAAGAGGCCUCAACCAGCUCUCCUACGUUCGUGGCGAGUCCAGGUUCUCUGAUCAUAGACCUGUUUCUAGCAUUUUUACAGCAGAAGUCGAGUCGAUUAAUCACCGCCGAAUACAGAACAUGGAUUGCGCUGGCUCUCAAGUAGACAUCGAAGAGCUUUUGCCCUUCUCAAAUGGUUACACAGAUCUCGGUUUCUUUUAAAGAUUGCAAGCGGUCAGAUUCUCUAAGCUCUAUCCAUCCAGAGUUCCUAGAGAACAAUCUCUGCAAUCAAACCAAGUUCAUGGACGUAUUUGCUUGUGGAAGACUGAUAGUAAACCUGGAUCACUGAAUCAAAAGUCAGCAACUUUUUGCUGUGGUCUUCUGACUGAUGGAAGAAGAGACUUCCCGUGAAGAAUAAUCGAAGGCAAAGAUGGAUACUCUUUUGACAACUUAUGUUUGAACUGUAUAGUAUCAAUACGUCUAAUAAUUUUCGUGUUGCUUUGUGUACCAACAGGUUGGGUGCAUUCAACCCUCAUAAUUCUUGACAGACCACGAUAGAUUUCAACAGUCAAAAGAAUAACCAGCAGAAGAAAAGCUACACUUACCCUAUGUAGUUUUCUCGGUCAACAUAACGACUGCAAGGUCCACAUGGAACAAGGAGUUCCUGACAGUCGCUGACCAACACUGACAUGGCAACAGUGGACUAUCAAAUUCACAGGUUAAAUUUUUUGGCAGCUUCUAUCACUUCUUCUUUAUAUAUUCUCUGUGAAGGAACAUGGGAAUUUUGCAGUUUGAGGUGGGGACAAACAGUAAUAACUGGCCAAUUCUUUUUCAUAUUUUACAAGUUGGGGACACUCAUUGCACUGCAGAUAAACAAGUGUCGAAGGUUAUGACACAAGAGCAUGGUCAAAGAUCUGAGCUGCAAAAGGCUAUUCUUUUUAUAUUUUGUGCAGAUAACCUGUGUUAUUUUCUUUCUUUAGUGUUGGAAGAAUUACAAGAAGAUAUAGAAGUACAGAUAUGAUCGUAACACUUGGAUUAUUGUUCUCUGAAAUCAGACUAAGAGUACAAAUCAAGUUUUUUUUUUUUUUUUUGAGAAUGUUGUAUCAUAAAGAGAGAGUCUUGUAGUGAUGGUGUAACCUCGUUAAUUCUCUAUUAGAAUCAUGUAGUAAGCUGGAGAUUGGCAUGGGGCUUGUGAUUCUCUCUUGUGAGUGUUGAAGUAACAAAUGGCUGAAUUAUGAUCACUGGGACCAUUAUUAAGUACU